AUGAAAGAAACUGAUGGAAAAAUUUUUGAUGUGCAAGCGGGUUUUCGAAAGGAAAUGGGGUGUACAGAUCAAGUCUUUUCCAUGCGCAUGAUUGCGGAGAAGUUUUUGGCUAAAAACCAGAAAGUUUUUUGUGCGUUCAUGGACUUGCAAAAGGCAUUGAGGUAUCUUUAUAGGGAUUCUAGUGCUUGUGUCAGAAUCAAUGGGGUCUACUCGGACUGGUUUGGCAUCCGAAAAGGUGUCAGACAGGGCUGUGUGGCUUCCUCUUGGCUGUUUAACCUAUUUAUGGACAGGUGUUUGCAAACUUUGAAAGAUGAAGAAUGUGGGUUAAGAAUGGGCGAGUUAACCGUCAAAUGCCUUUUGUAUGCCGAUGAUCAAGUCAUAUUUGCGUCAUCGGCGGCUGAAUUGCAAAUGAUGGUUACAUUAAUGAACUGGGCAUUAAAAGAAAGAGGAAUGAAAGUAAACGCAAGUAAGACGAAAGUGAUGGUUUUUGAAAGAGAGGAAAACAAAACGGUAUGUGAAAUAAGAAUAGAAGGAGAGUUAAUUGAGCAAGUGGAUGAGUUUGUGUAUUUGGGAUGUAUAUUUAGCAGGGAUGGUAGAUAUGAUAAGGAUAUAGAACGACGAGUAAAUGCAGGGAAUAGAGUGAAUGGGGCACUACACUCUAUUGUGAAGAACCAGAAUGUAUCAAAAAAGGCACGUAUGGUAAUUCAUAAUACUGUGUUAGUCCCUACUUUAAUGUAUGGUAGUGAAAGCUGGGUGUGGCAGAAGAAGCACGAAAGUAGAAUAAAUGCUGUAGAAAUGCGGUCUUUAAGGAGUAUGCUAGUGUUGAAUCGGAAUGACAGGGUGAGAAAUUGCGUGAUAAGAGAUAAAUGUGGUAUGCAAGAUGAUGUUAUGACAUACAGGAUUAAGAAAGGAAUGCUUCGGUGGUUUGGUCACGUAGAAAGAAUGAAUGAGGAAAGAGUGACAAAGCAAAUUUAUAUGGCAGAUGUAAACGGCAGAAUCGGGAAGGGACGCCCUAAAAAAAAGUUUAUCGACCAAAUUGGCGAUAUUUUGAAAAUAGGCCACGUUAAAAGUACCCUUAACCGACGAGCAUGUAUGCGUAAGAGGCGAAAGAGGAAUGUCAGGAUCGUGUCAAAUGGAAGUCGUUUAAAAACCCUUUCUUUCACAUACCCCCACAGAAAGAAGUGUAACGGAGUGAGAUCAGGUGAGCACGGUGGCCAAGCAUGUGGUCCUAGUCUGCCGAUCCAGCUACCAUGA